AUGGCUUUGGCAAGGAGGUGGAGGUCAAUCGAGAUCAUAUCAGAAGAUCAAGGACAAGUGAAGCAGAUCAGAAAACAAGGAUUGUUCAAGAAGCAGAAAAAAAUCAGAGAAACCAAAUGUGAUGUGAUCUUUGAUGAGGGAAAUGAAGAUACAGUUGAAGAUUGGCUUGUUGAUCGCCAUGCAGAGGUAGAUGAUGAUGUUCCUUUGGUGCCAACUUCUCAAGCUCCCCAGGCCAGAGCUCUAUAUGAUGAUGAUUUCGAAUCUGAUGAAGAGGAAGACAUAAACAUAGACUGUGGAUCAUCAAGCUCGCACAUAGACGGAGACAACAGAACGUGGGUGGGAGACACUGACUUUGUAACCACCGGCUUGACGUCAAAAUUUAAACCAAUAGUCGAAACCGCUGAUUCUCUGACCACACUCAGGUACUUUCCCACGGGAGAGACCAACUGUUACUCCAACAUUCCGGUCGACAAAGGUGGUAAAGUGUUGGUUAGGACGAGGUUCAACUACGGGGACUACGAUGGAGAGGACAAGGCUCCAAAGUUUGACGUCGUGUAUGAUGGAAAACACCGAGAUUCGGUCGUCACGACGACAUCUAUCAGCGGUGUUCGAUCGGAGGCCAUAUUUAUCCCCGAGAGCGGGAAUACGAGUGUUUGCUUUUUCAGGACUUUCUUGAACGAGUUCCCUUUUGUGUCUACCAUUGAAGUAAGGAGGUUGGACGACUCCAUGUACACAGAUCUUGGCCCCAAGGAAGGUUUCAUUCUCCAGCAACGCAUCGCCUACGGUAGGGUGCAAGAAUUAGUAAGGUCACCAUUUGAUCCUUACGAUAGAAUUUGGGCGGCAACACCGCUAUCGACGGCAACUUUAACAAGUGCUUCCACAUCUAUCAACACAACAUGGGCUGAUAAUCGACCGCCGGAGAUUGUCCUUCGGACCGCUUGGUCGCGGAAGGACAUGGCUUUCUACGAUAUAACUCUACCUUUUUCCGGUGUAACAUUUUACAUUGUGCUUUAUUUCUCGGAACCACUUAGCCUUGCUUCCGACCAAAAGCGGUCUUUCUACGUUAACUAUGAUAACAAGCAAGUGGGUCCAAGUCUCAUCGUGCCACCUUUCGGGGCAGUGACGCAAGCUGUUUUGAGGGCUGUGGCGACUACUAAGCUUCCAUAUCUGACAUUUAAAGCUACACCAGACUCAAAUUUGAACCCACUCAUCAACGCUCUCGAGCUCUAUGUAAUCAGCAAUAGUGGUGGCAACGGAACGAAUACACCAAGCACCGGUGGUGGUGGUGGCAGCCCUAGCACCGGCGGUGGUGGUGGUACCCCUAGCACUGGCGGUGGUGGGGGCAGCCCUAGCACUAGGGAUGGUGGUGGCAGCUCAGGCUCAGGUGAUGGUGGAAGCAAAUCCGGUACUUAUUAUUUCCUAUAA